AUGACCACCACUAUAUUAUCAGAUGUCCUAGAAACUCCCAUCCGCACCCCUAUUCCAGAAGCUGAAGUCACUGAAUACUUGAACUCCGCUCCGUUUCUUCCCAUUGCUAAUGCACUUAACCUUCGAACUGUCACUUCCCUUACUCUCCCACCUAACCUCAUAUUUCGCUCCGGCUCACUCGCCCACCUACCAGCCACUACACUAACAUCUCUCAAACAAACGUACAACAUCACCACGAUCUUCGAUCUCCGCAGCAGUCAGGAAAAGGAGAAAUCUCCAAACCCCGAAGUUGACGGGAUUGAGAAUGUUUGGAUCCCGAGUACGGUCGAUUUUGGAUCGCAAGUCCGGGGAGAGCGUGGAGCAAGUGCACAGGGUGCUGAAGAUAGUAAAUUAGAUGGCUCACACCAGCCUGCCCGACUUUCGCCGUCGGAUUUUGCCCAAAAUGAGGGUGUGGAUGGCUAUGUGAAGUUAUAUGGGCAUUUUCUGGAGACCCAUCGAGAUGCGUAUCGGGCGGUGUUUGAAAAGUUGAAAGAUAGCGAGAGCAGUGGGAUACUAUUUCACUGUAAUGCGGGUAAAGAUCGCACAGGCGUGCUCGCAGCGCUGAUACUUGCUCUUAUGCACAGUGUACCCGAAGAGAUAUCGCGAGACUACGCACUUACUCGUAUUGGCAUUGAGCCAUUUCGGGAGUAUCUUCUCAAAAGUCUCCUGCAGCAAAUGGGAAAGACUCCAGAUGACGAGACCUUUUCCGAGCCAGGGAUGGAGGCUAUAUGUGGAACGCGAGGGGACACUAUCCUAGCUCUUCUAGAGUGGAUGGAUGGAAAAUGGGGCGCAUUUAGUGCAGAACAGGACCAAAGCGAUAAGAAAGGGGCAUUUACUGGUGUAGAGGGCUAUUUAAUUGAGCGUUUGGGUUUUGACAAGGAGGAAGUUGAGAAAAUCAAAUCAAGAUUGGCUAGAAAAGCUAGCUAG